UGGAGGUUAAAGGGUAAAGUGGAGCUACUGAAGAGCGCCUUUUAGCUCAUUAUGGCUAAACAUCAUCCAGAUUUAAUUUUCUGCAGGAAACAAGCCGGUGUCGCUAUUGGCCGACUGUGUGAGAAAUGUGAUGGAAAGUGUGUCAUCUGUGAUUCUUAUGUGAGGCCAUGCACACUGGUCCGCAUCUGUGAUGAAUGCAACUACGGCUCUUACCAGGGUCGCUGUGUCAUCUGUGGAGGGCCUGGAGUCUCAGAUGCCUACUACUGCAAAGAGUGCACCAUCCAGGAGAAAGAUAGAGAUGGCUGUCCAAAGAUUGUGAAUUUGGGUAGCUCCAAAACAGAUCUGUUUUAUGAAAGAAAGAAGUAUGGCUUCAAGAAGAGGUGAAGACUCCUGGAAUGAAGCCUUGUUUUAGUUUUUCCGACCCC